AUGCAGAUCCAAUCCGUCCUCGUCGCCGUCGGCACCCUCGCCAUCACCGCCUCGGCGAAGCCCAACCACCUCCCCUUCCAGCACACCCACGGCGGCCCGGGUGGCGACAUGGGCGCGCCCAACCCCGAGGGCGGCCUGCCCCGGAAGCCCAUGAACGGCACCGUCACCUGGUACACAAAGGUCCACGACAAGGUCGAGACCUGGUGCCCCGAGCCCACCACGCUCUACUUCAACAACAAGACGUACUACAUCGACAAGCCCACCACCUUCACCCUCCCCAACUGCCCCUGCACCGAGGUCUGGACCUCCCACGGCGGCCCCGGCUACAACCAGCCCACCCCGGUCGCCCCCGGCCCCGCGCCCCCCGUCGCCACCAUGACCGGCGUCUCCCCGCCCAACGGCCCCGGCGGCGACGGCCAGCCCCAGCAGCCCGGCGGCGGUCAGCCCAUGGUCCCCGGCCAGCCUCAGCAGCCCGGCCAGACCGGCGUCCCCACCGUCCCCGGUACCCCCGGCACUCCCGGCACUCCUGCCACCCCCGGCGGUGGUGAGGGCGGCUCCCCCGGAACUCCCGGAACCCCCGGUACCCCUGGCAGCCCUGGCACUCCCGGCAGCCCUGGUACCCCCGGAACCCCCGGAACCCCGGGUGGUGAGGGUGGCAACGGAGGCAACGGAGGCAAUGGUGGAAACGGUGGCAACGGAGGCAAUGGAGGCAACGGAGGCAACGGAGGCAACGGCGGCAACGGCGGAAAUGGAGGCAACGGAGGCAACGGUGGAAACGGCGGAAACGGCGGCAACGGCGGCAACGGCUCCCCGACCGGCUCCCCGGCCCUCUGCAACGGCCUGCCCUGCCCCACGCACGUCACCGUCGCCGGCGCCGAGAAGCAAGCCGCCCUCGCCGGCUCCCUGGCCCUGGUCGCCGGUGCCAUCGCCGUCCUGGCUCUGUAA